GUGAUAAAUAUUGCUAAUAACAUAUCAUGAAUAACCCAUAGGGCUGUAUGUCUGUAUAGCUGUGUCUCCUCCUCUCUUUUCGGGUUGUUAGUUAAAUUAAAGUCUGGCAAACCUAAUGUCUGCCCAGUGCGCGCGCGCUGCUGUGACAUAACGGAACGUGCCAGCCUAGAAAAGCUGGAGGCGGCGCGCGCAGCGUGCAGUUCACGCAGCUCCUGCCGGAGAAGAAGACCGGUGAGGAGAGUCUGACGGCCCGGUGUUUCCUCCACUGCUCCCCCGCGAGGUGAUGGGCAAGGCGCCGCGCGGCUAUUAGACUUCCGGUUUGAUUCAUAAUGAUGAAGAAGGACAUCCACGUGAGCCUGGCGCACGACGCGGACCUCAAGCCGCAUCUCCGCGACGCCGCCGCCGACAGCCUUCUGCUCUGCUCCCCGGACCUGGGGCUCCUGAAGCUGGCCUCCCCGGAGCUGGAGAGGCUGAUCAUCCAGUCCAACGGGAUGGUCACCACCUCGCCGACGCUGCCCCAGUUCCUCUACCCGAAGGCGGGCGCGGACGAGCAGGAGUUCGCGGAGGGCUUCGUGAAGGCACUGGAGGAUCUGCACAAGCAGAACCAGCUGAGCGGCGGCGCGGCGGCGCAGAGCGGCGGCGGCCUGGAGCUGUGCGCCAGCCUGCAGGGCCCGGUGCCGGUGCAGCCGGACCACCUCCCGGUGUACACCAACCUGAACAGUUACGGCGGCGGGACGCUGGACAACACCGUGCACUACUCCGCGGACGCGGUCCCGGAGCCGUGUCGGGUCCAGCCGCUGAAGGAGGAGCCUCAGACGGUGCCGGACGUGCAGAGCUUCGGGGAGAGCCCCCCGAUGUCCCCCAUCGACAUCGACGUCGACGUCGACGUCGACACCGACUCCCACGACAACGUGAAGGCCGAGAGGAAGAGGCUCCGGAACCGCAUCGCAGCCUCCAAGUGCCGGAUGCGCAAACUGGAGCGCAUCUCGCGGCUGGAGGACAAGGUCAAGUCCCUGAAGAACCACAACACGGACCUGGCCUCCACGGCGGACCUGCUGCGGGACCAGGUGGCGCACCUGAAGCAGCGCGUCCUCACGCACGUCAACAGCGGCUGCCAGGUGCUGCCGCACGAGGUCCAGGUGCACUAGGACCGGACCGGGACUCCAGCUUUAUGGACUUGAUUCAUGUCGGCGUGGCCCGGAUGCUCCAGAGGAAUCGAUGAAGGGAUGAAGGAAGGAAGGAAGGAAGGGAGGAAAGACUAUAAUACUACUAUAAUGAGAGGGACGAGACUAUUGGAUUUGAGAAGGACAUUUCACAUUGCUCCACGCUGAUCCACAUUGCUCCACAUUGCUCCACAUUGCUCCACGCUGAUCCACAUUGCUCCACAUUGCUCCACAUUGCUCCACACUGAUCCACAUUGCUCCACAUUGCUCCACACUGAUCCACAUUGCUCCACAUUGCUCCACAUUGCUCCACACUGAUCCACAUUGCUCCACAUUGCUCCACAUUGCUCCACACUGAUCCACAUUGCUCCACACUGAUCCACAUUGAUCCACACUGAUCCACAUUGAUCCACAUUGAUCCACACUGAUCCACAUUGAUCCACAUUGAUCCACAUUGAUCCACACUGAUACCCACAUUGCUCCACAUUGCUCCACAUUGCUCCACAUUGAUCCACACAGAUCUACAUUGCUCCACACUGAUCCACAUUGAUCCACAUUGCUCCACACUGAUCCACACAUGAUCCACAUUGAUCCACACUGAUCCACACAUGAUCCACAUUGAUCCACACUGAUCCACAUUGAUCCACAUUGAUCCACAUUGCUCCACACUGAUCCACACAUGAUCCACAUUGAUCCACAUUGAUCCACACUGAUCUACAUUGCUCCACAUUGCUCCACACUGAUCCACACUGAUCCAAAUUGCUCCACAUUGCUCCACACUGAUCCACACAUGAUCCACAUUGAUCCACAUUGCUCCACAUUGAUCCACACUGAUCCACAUUGAUCCACAUUGCUCCACAUUGCGCCACACUGAUCCACACAUGAUCCACAUUGAUCCACAUUGCUCCACAUUGCUCCACACUGAUCCACAUUGAUCCACACUGAUCCACAUUGCUCCACAUUGCUCCACACUGAUCCACACAUGAUCCACAUUGAUCCACAUUGCACCACAUUGCUCCACACUGAUCCACAUGCGCCUCCAAUCAGAGUUAAUGGUGAACUUUAAAACUGUUGUUCAUAGACGUUGUUCCUAUGUGAGGAGGUGAAGUUAUUGAACAGCAGUAAACUGUUUACUGGCUUCUGAUAAAGGAAACACUCUUUAUUCAACUUUAUUGACAGACAUCAGUAAAUGUUUUCCAUGUAAAGAUGUUUACAGACUAGAUCUGUCUCUAUUCUCAAACCUGUGCCAAACACACUGACAAUAGUUCUACAGUGAUUUUAAUAUAAUAUGUAUUUAUGAGAUGACUGUAGGAAGACAUGCACAUACAUCCGUAUUUUAAUGCAAAACAUAAGAUAACAUAAUAAUCUACAUAUAUAGACCAUUUACCAUUUAUUUCUGGGAACUAUUUGCAUGUUGUUUACAUAUUUGAAUGUUUCCCACAGCUGGUGUCAAAGGUGCAAUUAUUCAGUGUUUAUAAUAUUUAGUCUUUUCGGUGUGGGACAUUUGUAUCAUUCAUUUUAAAAUUGUGUUUAGUUUCAUAAAGUUAUUCAACUAAUGUUGACUGAAACUUC